CGGAGGAAAAUAAAUGAUUUGCGUAAAGGCAAAGUUUGAGGACAGCUCUUUCCCCCCCUUCCCGCUCACCUGGCCGCUCGCACGCGCGUACCUCUCGCUCUCUGUCUGAACUGAUUAGCUGGAAGAUUAUCGGCCAAAUUCUUCCGACUGACGAGCAACUUGACAGAGACCUGCCACACUCUCCGGGCUGAUUUGUGCUGUGGUGGGAUUUUUGGCAGCGGUGCUGGAGGAAUUUCAUGUGCGCAACGUUGAAGGAUAUGGCUUAAAUGAUGCUCGCGUUAAUGACAGUUGGAGUAAGGUCCGUCACUUGAGUGUUUGUACAUCAGCCAUCAUCGACUUUUGUGGAAACCCAGCUAAAUGGGAGGAUACCUGGAGGACUGACUCGGAUUCGGUAGUCGAGAGAAAAAUGUGGAUAAAUCGGUGUGUUGCGCGCAGUCCGACAUCUACUGUGAGGACGGGCAACUCUGUGAGGCACCGGGUGUGGAUCCUGUUGGCGAUGACGCACCUCACCCUGGACUUCUCCGUCUGCAGCCCCCUCAGUCAGGGUCUGGGGAUCAAACUCACGCCUAAAUCGGUGCCUCGCUCCCGGCCUCGCUGGCAGCCCCUCUGGGACACUCCCAACAUGCUUCACUGGAGGACUGUGAGCCCACUGGCCCGACGGCUGCUCAGCCCUGUCCCUCCACCCCAAGACAGCCGGUCAGGGGUAGGGCCAAAGGUCAAGGGCCAAAAGCAUAGGAAACCAGCACAUAAAGGACAAGCAGUGUGUAAGGAGUGCCGGUUGAGAUACACUCAGACAGAGACGGGUGAUGUGUCGGCUCUGGUAGCCGAAGCCCCAGCAGCUCUAUCCGAUGGGAGCAAAGGGGACACGGUGAGGUUGUUACUGAGAGCAAGGAGGCAGCUCAAAUGGGACAACUAUGACAAGUCUCAGGAGGGCCGGACUACCACCGUGGCCGGAUUUAUUGACUGGGGACCCACAGGGACAGAGGACAGCAUAGAUGAGGAAGUCAAACCAGGGCCUAAUGUUACACUGUCCACCAAGGCCUUGACUACCACAGUGGCCACGACCACUAGCACUACCACCAAGGUCCCUGAAAGGACGUUCGCUGUGGUGACAACGCCACAGCCCAAGAGGCUAAGCACCACCAAGGCCACUGUCAGCUUGGGGGAGACUGCCAAACCACCAAAGCCAUAUGGGGACACACCAGGUUUGGCAGUUCACCAGAUAAUCACAAUCACUGUGUCUCUCAUUAUGGUUAUCGCAGCCUUGAUCACAACACUUGUCCUUAAAAACUGCUGUGCACAGUCAGGAAAUGGCCGCCACAAUAGCCAUCAGCGCAAGAUCCACCAGCAGGAGGAAAGCUGCCAAAACCUGACAGACUUCACCCCAGCCCGGGUGCCCAGCAAGGUGGACAUCUUCACUGCCUACAAUGACAGCCUGCAGUGCUCCCACGAGUGCGUCCGGACUGCCGUGCCCAUCUACACUGAUGAGAUGAUCCAGCAAACACCUGUCUACAAGACUGCUUACAAUGGAAAUAGGCCCUCUCCCACCGAAAGGCAACUGAUUCCUGUGGCCUUUGUGUCAGAGAAAUGGUUUGAGAUCUCCUGCUGACCGGCUCAAGGCCUUGUUCACUUCCUGUGGGCGGACCAGACUUCCUGAAUUCACGCUCUGGAUCCAGUUGGAAACAACACACACAAACAAAACCGCUCCUUUUGUAACAUAGUGGGAUCACUCUUUGGACACCGGUGAAGAUAUUUAUUUUUCUAGAGAUGAUUACAAGCUGAGCAGCCACAACGCUGCCACUCCAUAUUUCCAGGGACUUACAGUCAUUUAGAUAUAGAUUAUAUAUAUAGAUAUAUUUACAGGAUAUGUGGGACAAGACUAUGGACGUCACGGAUGUCUCAACAGAGGAAAAACAUGGGGAUAUAUUUGACAUUUGACAAAGGAAUCCAAGGAGCAGCUGUGGGGUGGAAGAUGAGCUGUAUUUCUGAACAAUGUGCCAAUAAUGCCACUAUGUGCCACAAUCUGGAUAGAAGGAACUUUCGACAACAAGUGAUGGACAAAAGACAGAGCGCUAUAUUAACCCUGUAUCAACUCCAACUCUAUUGUUUUUUUUUUUUUUAAAGAAAUAUGAACGAUAAAAAAAAUGCUACAAAAGUAUUUGAAUAAUGUUUUGAACUAGUUUUAAGGAUUGUGUUGCAAAAGAGUCCAAAAACAUAUUUAUAUGGAGCACUACUCAUCUUGGGUGGGCGGGGGGGAGAGAAAACGAGAACAAAAAAAGAAGAAGAAACGGUAUAUGCUUUAUCAAACACCUGAUUUUAACAUAGUUUCUAUAGAUCCCAUUUUAAAAGCAGAGGCGUUAUUUCUAUUUUUUUAUGCAGAAAAGUCUGCCACAGCCCUAAUACCUAACAGAGUUGGUCCUGAGCACUAGGGUGUCAGGACUGUUAAUUAAUUCUCUCAUUGCAACCUGAGACUACAACAAUCUGGAGACUCCGCGAGCCAAUCCAAGCGCUCGGUCUUUGAAGUUCCAGACUGAUUUGGCUUCAUGUAAAAAGAAUAUCUUUCUAUGACGCAGACGCCGUGCUGCCCCAAAUUCCAUGGCAGCACAUUCAUGUAUGGAUUGUGUGAUGACAGCCACGACGAAAGGCAUGGAAGUUGAGCGCAGCGUUCACACUGCCUCAGGUCUGUCUCGCUCUCUGGCAACACACAACACUCCCAUUUUCCGUCUCAGUCUCAAGCAGUCGUUUUUUGGAUAAGUUACAAUGAUUGGUUAUGAUUCAGAUCUGAGCCGCGUUGCUAAAAGGGGUGGAACUGAUUCAAUUUGAAGUUCACAUUCAAAUAAUUCAUGCGAUCGUUUGCAUAAAUGGGAAAGGGAGCUAAAAAUUAAUCUCUCCACCCAACUCACAGAUUGUAAAUGAACAUCCCCACCCCGUCUCCCAGAUUGCUGUGUUUCUGACAAAUUAUUUUUUUUUGAAACCUAACUCGGAAUUAUAGAAUCAGGAAGUCGGGAAGAAUGUGAACCAAUUAGCUGAAGAUAGAAAAUAAAUGCCCCUCUCAAUUAUUCAAGUGGGAGUGAAGAAGAACCUAUGAAAGAAGCACUGCAAAGGGUGUCUCUCAGGAUCAAAACUGUCUGCAGCUUGUGUUUUGAAUACAGGAAGUAAUAAAGAGAAAUAAAGAGAAAUUGCCCUCACAGCACAGGAUGUGGU